AUGAAGGAUGACGAGGGGCGGCUGUACUUCAACGCCUUUUUCUCCGGCUGUGAUCGCUACGUUCCUGUCUUUGACCAGCGAUUUGACACAAUUGAAGCUAUUCGAAGUCAAAGUCCUUUGCUAUUCAUCACAAUAUGCUCAGUUGGGUGUCGUGUACUUAACGGCACAAGCUCGAGAUGGCGAGCUCUUGCGCUUCAGACUCAACGCAUGCUCAAUGCCGCUAUCGUCAAUCCGUUGAUGGGAAGCCUUGAGACAGUACAAUCAAUCCUCGUUCAGGCUUGCUAUGCAAGAGAGAGGGCACUUCUGAUUGCAAUUGCGACGCGCAUGGCCUUAGAUCUUGGGUUCCCUGAAGCCUACGAUACACUCAUUGCAGAAGCCGUCUUGGGAGAAAUACAGAUGGACAACAGUGACCAAACUAUCUACAACCACAACAUUAUGCGCAUGCGCAAGACUAGAGUUUGGCUGCAUUUGUUGGUGAUGAGCUACAUUCUACAUGUGGAUGCUGGUGGAAUGCCAACGUUCAAGUUCCGAGGUGCUUCACGCAGAUGCAGAGUCCUCCUACAAAGCCCACUUGCUACCGGGAUGGAUCAUUAUCUCUUUGCUCAGGUCGAACUCAACGUUCUACGUGCAAAGAUAUAUGCAUCUUUACCCCAGGGUGCCAACCUGAGCGACGAGGAGAUUCUUGAUCUUGUAAAAGAUGCCAAACUCGACAUCGAUGUCUGGUUCCAGGACUGGGUUCGUAUCUCGCUGCCUCAUCACGAUUCAAUGCCUUGGUUUGUGCCUAAUCUUUCUGUUCAGCGCUGCUGGGCUGAUAACAUGGCUCUUUGCCGUGCGGUGAGGGCUGCAGGCGUGGAGAACGUCAACGUCAUGUCACCCAUCCAGAAGAAUAUCUUAUCAAUGACCAAAGCUUCCCUCCAGCAACAUCUUGAUAUAAUCAUUCAAGAACCAAGGAUAUAUCUUAAGAGCAUCCGGUAUGCAAUGGACUUUGUCUGGGCUAAGAAUACUUUCUGCUGCCUUCUUCUUCUCAAGCUGUCCGCUUUGCUCCCCGACACAGAUAAGUUGCAGACGGAAGGUCGCAGCGAUGAGCUUGUUAUAAAAGCUAGCAUCCUGCUACAGGAACUGGAACUAGUCGCUGCCGCAGGACACAAAGACGACACUCGAUCAAAUACCAGCUUACUAUACCUCCAACUUUUGAAGACAAGUAUACAGAAGUACAAGUGCUGGCUGGCCCAGGAUGAAGGAGGCCCCAGAGGAGGACAGUCAACCUUUCCUCUGACCCAAGAGAGGAAUUGCGAUAACGAGCUUGAGUCCUUUGUCCCAGAUCAGUUUGUCUUCGAAUGGGACUUUCCAGGCCUGACCCUGUUUUCGUCUCCGAUCAAUGAGACUGGUUGGAUCAAUGAACUUCUCGCUGGAGCACAAGAGUUUGGAGAAAACGGAAGCAGCAUCAAUUGGGCUCUGAUCGACUUUUCUAUGUGA